UACGGGAUUUCUCCUCUUAGCUUGUUUCGCUAAGAAGAUUGGACUCCGUCUUUGCUCGCUUGGCUGAUGUUUUGUCGGUGUAGGCUCACAGAAGUUGCCUCUUAGUAUAACUGAUAGGAGUGGGACAGCAUGAGCGGCAUCGACUACAGCGUGUGGGACCACAUCUACGUGUCAGACGAUGAAGAUAUCACGUGCCCGUUCGUGGACACGCCGAGCUUGUUCGGAAUGAGACACCGGGUCAGCAGUGACAGUAGUGCUAGCCGUGAAGUUUGGAGUGCUACACCUGAGCCGGCUGGAGAAAAUGGUAGCGUUUCAGCAGAGAGGGGAGGACCUGGAAACCAGCUUUGCAGAAUGCAGGAGGCUAUUAGAGGAAGCCCAGGGACGACUUGCAUACCUAGAAGAAAGAAUGAGGGAAGGAGGUGAGGAUAAGGAGAGGGAGGCUGAGCUGAAAAAAGUCCAGAAAGAAAUAAAGAAACUGAAACAGGAUGAGAAGUCCUUUGAGAAAUUGCUAGAAGAACACCGAAAAGAAGAGAAGAAGCUGCCCUGGAAUGUAGACACUAUCAGCAAGGAUGGUUUCAGCAAGAGUGUGCUCAACGUUAAGCCUUUAUCAAAGGAGGAAACUGGGGAGGAAAAGGUGGAGAACCACAAUAACUUUCUGGGGAAGUAUGGGAAAGAAAUCAAACACUUUGGGAUGCUGCGGCGCUGGGACGACAGUCAGCAGUAUCUGUCAGACCACCCGUACCUGGUGUGCGAAGAGACUGCUAAUUACCUUGUUGUCAUCUGUAUCGAGUACGAGAUAGAUGAGAAACACGCCCUGAUGGAGCAGGUGGCCCACCAAGCCAUCGUCAUGCAGUUCAUCUUGGAUUUGGCUCGGGCGCUGAAAGUUGACCCAAGAGGCUGCUUCAGACAGUUCUUCUCAAAGAUCAAGACUCUAGAUAAGUCGUACCAAGAUGCAUUUGAGCAUGAGCUGGAGAUGCUAAAGGAGCGGGUCCGCAGUUCUGCACAGACUCGUAUGGAGAACGCUGUGAAAGAGCUGGAGGAGGAGGACAUACAGAAGAGACUGGGCCCAGGUGGUUUGGACCCUGUAGAGGUCUAUGAAUCGCUACCAAAGGAGGUAAAGAGGAGCUUUGAUGAGAAGAACAUUCAGAUGCUGCAAGACGCUAUGAGCAAGCUGGACCCUGAGGAAGGAAAAUACCACCUGAAGAGGUGUAUUGACUCUGGAUUGUGGGUCCCUGAUUCCAGAGGGGAUGAGGAUGGGGAGGAAGAUGGGGACCAGGAAGAGGAUUAAUAAUACUUUAUUAUAAAUCUAGUCAAUGUACCGACUGUGUGUUGUUAUAUAAGUGUUGUUUCUGGCUGCUUAGUUUUUAAAUGUCUCCAUGUUAAACUAAAUCUAGUCAGUUAACUGCAUAUACAUAUACUGUGAAAUGUGUAUUGUAUAUUUUUUAAUAAAGGGGUAUUUGAAGAUUA